UUCAGAUUUUGUUAUUUUUCUUAAUACUUAUAAAAAUUUUCAAAAGGGCUCCAAGUGAGCUCUUUAAUACAAAAAAAAAACAAAAACUAUAAAAAAUGGAUGAUCGUACAAUUGAUUUAAUUUUUAUGGGCUCUUUAGAGUCCCUACCACCGGUUAGCUCAAAAAUUGUUCGUAUUUUUACAUCAUCUACCUUUACAGAUACGACAAUGGAAAGAAAUACUUUAAUGGCUAAAUGUUAUCCACGAAUUAAGGAUUAUUGUCGUGAAAAACAUGGUCUCGAAUUUCAAGUAGUCGAUAUGAGAUGGGGUGUACGUGAUGAAGCAACUGAUGAUCAUAUGACAACAGAAUUAUGUAUGCGUGAAAUUGCAAAUUGUCAACGUUUAUCUAUGGGACCGAAUUUUGUUGUUUUUCUUGGUCAAAAAUAUGGAUAUCGUCCGAUUCCAACUUAUAUUUUAUCAUCAGAAUUACAAAUGAUGAGGGAUGAAUUGACUGCAAUGGGAGUUGAUGGUGCUGCAUUAGAUUUAUGGUAUAAAAAAGAUAACAAUGCUGUACCACCAAUAUCAGUUUUACAACCAAUUUCAUCAAUAUUAGUGAAUUUUAAUAAUAAGCGUGUACCGAAAUUACAAGCAGAAGAUCAAGCCAUAUGGUGGGAUACAUUAACAAAAAUGCAAAAAUUACUUAGAAAAGCAGCACAAUCUUUAUUUAAUUCCGGAAAAUUUGAUAAAGAUACAAUGCACAAUUAUUUUAUGUCAGUUACGGAACGUGAAGUCAUCAAUGGAAUUUUAAGUGUUAAAAAUACAAAAAAUCAUUGCCUGGCAUACGUUCGAUAUAUAAAUAAUAUUAAUUUACAAAAUCUAAAAAAAGCUUCAUUAUUUGUUGAUAUUAUUAAUCGAAGUUUGGAUACUGAAUCAUCAAAAUUAUUGGCAAACUUAAGAGAUGAACGUUUGCCAGCAAAAAUUGAAUCAACAAAUAUGCAAAAAUACACUGUUGAAUGGAUUGGACGUGAAGGUUUAGAUAUUGAAACUCAUGAAGAAUAUUUAAAUCAUUUUAUUGCACAUUUUUACAAGAAUAUCGUUAAAUUGGUUGAUCGGGCAAUGCGUAAGGAGGAUUCAAGUGCACAAGGACAAAUUGUUACAGAAAUUUUACAACAUUUACAUGCAUGUAAUAAUUCAGUUAAAGUAUUUUAUGGUAGAGAGGAAAGUUUGGAAAGAAUUCAAAAUUAUAUGCUUGGGGAUUCUGACAAACCGUUAGUAUUAUAUGGUGAAGGUGGUUGUGGUAAAACAUCAAUGUUAGCAAAAAGUGCAGCAUUAGUAGCAAGAGAAUGGUUUUUAGGAAAGAAACCAAUUAAUAUUAUAAGAUUUUUAGGUACAACACCAGACUCAAGUACACUUACACCAACAUUAAUUUCGAUUUGUCAACAGAUUUCAUAUAAUUAUAUGUUGCCAUUUGAAAAUAUACCCGAUGAUUUAGUGCCAUUAACAGCACAUUUUAAACAACUCUUAACAUACGCAUCUGAAAAUCAACCUUUAACAUUAUAUUUGGAUUCGGUAGAUCAAUUGUGCGGAACACAAGAUGCUAAUAAAGUAUCAUGGAUACCAACAAGAUUACCACCAAAUUGUAAGAUUAUUAUAUCAUGUGCAAAUGAAGAAAAUAAUCCGACCGUAUCACAAGAAUAUCAUGUUCUUCGUAAAAUGAUUGAUGUCGAUGAGAAUUUCAUUGAAGUAACAGCUCUCGGUGAAGAGUUGGCAAUGAAUGUAAUAAAAAUGUGGAUGAAAACAGCAUGCCGCGAUUUAAAUAAUUAUCAAUGGCGUUUAGUUGCUAAUGCUAUAAGUAAAUGUUCGUUACCGAUCUUUGUAAAAUUGGUUUUCGCUGAAAUAUGUAGAUGGCGUAGUUAUACUCGACCUCAGGAAACACAUUUAGCAUCAAACGUUAUGGAUUCAAUUAUGAUGUUAUUUGAACGUAUUGAAAAGCAACAUGGUCGUUUACUUGUAUUUCAUGCUCUUGCCUAUAUAACAGCAGCAAAAUCUGGUCUUUCUGAAAAUGAACUUGAAGAUUUAAUAUCAUUAGAUGAUAAGGUUUUAGAUGAUGUCUACCAGUAUCAUAUGCCACCAGUUAGAAGAAUUCCACCAUUGUUAUGGACACGUAUUAGAAAUGAUUUACCAAAUUACUUAAGUGAACGUGAAGCCGAUGGUGUUAAUGUUAUGAAUUGGUAUCAUAGACAAUUUCGUGAUACUGCUAAAGAGAGAUACUUUAAAAAUAUGAAUAUGGCAAUGUAUUUCCAUUCUAUGACAGCUGACUAUUAUCUUGGCAUUUGGGGUGGUGGUAAUCCUAAACCAUUUAAAUAUACAGAAAUUCAAAGGCAUAGAUUUAAUUUAACAGAAAAAGAAGGUUCAGCUGAUAGAAAAGUUCCAGUUCAACCAUUGGUAUUUUAUAACAAAGAGGGCAAGGUCACAAGAUACAAUUUGCGUAAGUUUGGUGAACUUCCAUUUCAUUUAGUUCGAUCACGAAGAUUUAGAGAUUUAUAUGAAAAUGUAUUAUUUAAUUACGAUUGGUUACAUGCAAAGUUAUCAAGUUGCCCAUUACAAGCUGUGUUAGCAGAUUUUGAAGAUGCAUCUGUUCAUUGUGAUGAUAAAGAAUCAAAACGUGAACUUAUGUUAGUAGCCGAUGCUCUACGUUUGGGUGGUGCAAUUUUAGGUGAACAUCCAGAUAUGUUAGCGCCACAGUUAAUUGGACGAUUAUUGCCUGAAAUUGGUGGUAAUCCAAAUAUUAAAAUGUUAUUAAGAGCCUGUGAUAAAAAUGGUAUAAAAGAUUGUGCGCUUAUACCAGUUAAUCAUUGCUUACACACACCAGGUGGUCCACUUAAGUAUUCAUUAGAAGGCCAUCAAUUUGCAGUAUUUCAAUUUUGUUUGACUAGUGAUUAUCGAUAUAUGGUAUCAAUUUCAACACAUUUCAUUACUUUUGAUUUAUCAACAUCAGAUUUGACAAGAGAUGUUAAUCCUGGUAUUGAAGGUAUUAUGCAACAGCUUGUUUUGAGUCCAGAUAAUAAAUGGGCAGCAGCAUAUUCUAAUAAUAAUCAAACGGUUCUACUGAAUAUGCUUUCAAGUGAAUUCGUUGUUAUUGAAAAUCCAUUUGAAGCUGAUGAAAAUGUUACUGGUGUAUUCCUAUUGAACAAUAGUCUUUUUAUUAAUACACAUUUGAAAUGGGCACGUUUCGAUAUGAGAGGAAACUUAGCAAAGCGUUUCGAGUCACCAAAAGAUGCUGAAGGAUGGCAAUUAUUAUAUAUGGAAUUUCUGAAUCAAAGUGAAUAUUUCGCCGUUUACUGGUCGGGAAAAAUCGCUGAAACACAAUUGCGUGUUGAUUCUGUGAAAAAGACUGGCGAAGCUUUGCCAGUUUAUUGUCAUAGUGCUAUGGUUAUGAACAAAAAACGCGAUAAAAUGUAUUGUUGCACAAAUGAUGCCACUUAUCAAGUGAGCAUUUUCAAAUUUGAAAACAAUGACAAUAAUGAAGAAAAUCCUCAUAGUUGGACUUAUAAAAAAGAUUUACCACGUUAUGAUAAUGAUGAAAAAGAAAUGCUUUUACAAUUGAAAUUAGAUCAACAUGAUAGAUUUUUGCUUGGAACUGCUGGUAAAGGUUUCGUUGUUUGGGAUUUAUCAAAACCUGGACCAGAAAAUUUAUCAGUAGGGGCAAUGUAUUUACCUUUACCACAUGGUGUACGUAAUAUAACAACAAAGAUGAUGCAAUCGAAUUCAAUAAUGAUCAGUUCAAAACUAAAUUAUGCUGUGGCUGGAGUAAGAAAAAAUUUAUAUGUUUGGGAUUUGAGAACAAAAAUGUUAGCAAAAAUUUUGGAUGCACAUUUUGGCCGUAUAAUACAAUUGGAAGCACUAACAAUUGGUAACUGGAAUAGUGUUAUAACAUCGUCAAUUGAUCGCUCUGUUAAGGUGUGGAAUAUUAAUAAUAUUUUCGAAAAAGUUCAUGUCAUUGAUCGACAUGAAUUACCAAUUGAUAAUAUAAGUUUAUCUCAAUUAAAUUUAGCAGCCACAGUUACAAGAAGUUGUGUUGGAAUAUGGGAUAUAAGAUCUGGACGUUUACUAUCAAAAUUAGCUGAUAGUCCAUUAGGUGCAAUUGUAACACAUGCUGAAAUAACACCCGAUGGAAAAUAUGUUAUUUCGUCAGAGACAGGGAAAUUUUUAAUAUGGAAUCGUGUCUCUGAACAAGUAAUAUUUCGUGAUGAUCAACCUGGAAUUCAACAAAUUACAUUCCUUGAAGAUGGCUAUAAAGUUAUGACUGUUUCAGUACCAAAUAUAAAUACGAAACCAGAAGCAGGAAAUGAUGAUGCAAAUAAAUUGACGGCAAUUACAACGGUUCGAACUAUUCCAGAUGGAACUAUUCAAUUUACUUUUGAAUAUAAUAUUCGUAUGGUGGAAGGUAUUCCAUUUCGUAAAUCUGUCAUUUCAUCAGAUGAAAGCUUGAUAAUUGUGUGCACUGUUGAUAAGAAAAAUCAUAAUAAAGAUGGUAUUUCUAUUUAUGAUGCAGGAAAUGGUGAAUUUAUAUCUCGUCUGGUACAAUGUUUUGUAAAGAAUGUCGAUUUUUUGGUAGCAAUGCCAAAUAAACCACACAUACUAGCUGUUAUAAGUAUAGAAAAAUGUGUUAUAGUCGAUCUUAAAACAAAAUUAAGAAUUCGUACUAUUGAAAAAUGGAAUGGAAAUAUAACAAAUAAUGGAAAAUACGGACUUUAUUCGCCUACAAGGGGUGGAUUAGAACUUGUAGACAUACGGAAAGGAAGUUUAGUGAAAACUUUUAUACCAAGAGUUGCAGAAGGUAUCGUUACUGUACUAUCAUUAUUUACAGAGAAUGACGAAUACGUUUGUUAUUAUCAUACAUCCAAAAAAACAAUAAGAAUUUUUAGAAUCGCCGAUACAGCUAUGAUAGCAAAUUAUCGAUUACCAGCUGAAUUAACAUCAAUUAAAAGUACUAAAGAUGGUCGUUCUUUAGUUUUAGGAACUGUUGACGGUUGUUUAUCAGUUCUUACAAUUGCUGAUCCUAUAAUCGAAGAUAUUGGUGCUUAUUUGAAAGAUUUACCAUCACGUGAUGAACAUUUUAAAGCAAAAUUAGCAAAGAAAAAAGCAAGAAGAGGAUUUAAAGCAGCUGUUGGAGUUAUUAAAGUUUCCGCUCUAUUAAAUCGUUCAAGACAAAAUUCAGUUAACAACAAUAAUGAAAAAUCGGAACAAUAAAUAAUUAAGUUGAAAUUGAAUUAAAUUGAAAUUCAAAGUAAAUACGGAACAACUCAAUUUACUUUUAAUUUUCAAAUGAGAAUGGUAAAAGGUUUAUCAUUUCGCAAAUCAGUGAUUUCACAAGAUGGAAAUUAUUUAAUUGUAUGUACAACCGAUAAAAAGAAUAAUAAAG